UCUUCAUUUCUGUUCCGCUAUUCUCUCUCUCCUCUCCUUUCGCUCUCUAAAAUUCUCACUCACAAACCCUACACCCUAAUUUUCUAGAUUACAUUCAACUAAUCUCAGAUCCUUCAAACAAAUUUUCUGUGUUUUUCUGAAACGUUAAUUUUCCAGAGAUGGCGAGUUCCGUCACCAGCAGUGUUUAUGCCAACGUCAUCGAGGACGUCAUGAACAAGUGCCGCGAUGAGUUCAUCGAUAACGGUGGUCCUGGAGAGAGUGUUCUCAAUGAGCUCCAAGCAUUAUGGGAGUUGAAGAUGAUGCAAGCGGGGGCAAUUGUGGGCCCCAUAGACCGGUCUGCGUCACAAAAGGCCGCACCUGGGGGUCCCAUUCCUCCGAAUCCCGUGCAUGACCUCAAUGUUCCCUAUGAAGGCACCGAGGAGUACGAAACUCCCACUGCUGAUUUACUUUUUCCUCCGACACCAUUACAGACGCCAUUGCCAGGGACAGCCCAAACUCCAUUGCCUGGCUCUGCCCAGACUCCUCUCACUGGAAUGUCCGACAGCAGCUCAUUGUAUAACAUUCAUUCUGGUGCUACCCCAAUAACACCAGAUGAGUAUUCAUCUUUGAAUGACAAUGGUGGGGUUCACAACAUGAAAGCUGGAUCUUCGAGACCUAGCCCCUAUAUGCAGGCACCUUCACCAUGGUUGAAUCAAAGGCCUCCUCUUGAUGUGAAUGUUGCUUAUGUUGAAGGCCGGGAAGAGGGUGAGAGGAGAGCACCUCAUCUUCCUUCGACGCAGGAUUUCUUCACAAUGCCUUCUGGAAAGCGAAAGCGGGAAGACUUUCCUUCACAGCAGAACACUGGUGGAUACAUCCCACAGCAAGAUGGAGCUGGAGAUAUGAUAUCAGAUGAUGUUAUGGUAGAUCAAGGGAACAGCAGUCAGCAUGUUUUGGUAAAUGCUACCCAACAGAUGGUUGUUCAAAGGGAAGGACUGUCUUCUACGAUUCCUCAGUUGGAUGGUCCCAUGCCUGACCCCUACGAUGACAUGCUUUCUACACCUAAUAUAUACAAUUUUCAAGGUGUUGCCAAUGAAGAUUACAAUAUAGUGAACACACCUGCACCACAUGAGAUGCAAGCACCGACUCCUGCUCCUGCUCCCCAGUCUGACAUUGCAGAUGAUGACGAAGACGAACCUUUGAAUGAAGAUGACGACGACGACGAUUUGGAUGACGUGGACCAAGGGGUGGAUCUGAACACAGCACAUUUGGUUCUGGCACAAUUUGACAAGGUGACACGUACCAAGAGCAGGUGGAAAUGCAAUCUGAAGGAUGGCAUUAUGCACAUAAAUAACAAAGACAUUCUGUUCAACAAGGCAACAGGAGAGUUUGAGUUCUGAUCUACUUACCGGAUGGCUGUUUAGUUCAGAGAAAAACCAGAGAUUUCUCUAUCUUUUAUUUUGUUGUCUUUGGUCUCUCUUAUUAAGUGAAAACUCGAUAGGAUUAGAAUCGAGUCUCGUGAUGCUUUUUAGAAGGUUUCAUGCUUAGCUAUAUGCACAUGAAGACAGUUUUUGUUCUGGUAGUCCUUUUAAGUACCUUGAAUCUUGCCUUAUGUUGAACUCCAGACAGUUUUUGCUCUGAUAGUCCUUUUCAAUGCCGUGAAUAUUGCCUUAUGUUGAACUCCAUUAAUGGCACACUAUCCAUGACAUUAAUUACUCAUACUAAAUUCUCUUUUAAGUAUAUCAGAUUCGAAUUUCCUUGCA